AUGUCCAACCGUCACAAGCGGACCCCAGCACAGUCCAGCGAGGCCCGUGCACGCUUGCGCCUACUCCAAGCUCAGCAAUGCGACAGACACUUCGCUCGCGAUGAACGGAAGUCCAUUGAGAUGCUACAGCGCUGCCCCAUCCCCGACCACUUUUCCAAUGUCAAGACCGUGGUUUCUGACCUAGAUUCCCAACGUCGUGCCUUCCGCAGCAAAGACGGGGUGGCUCCCGAGACUUCUUCAUUCCCGCUCACUCUUCAUUUUCGAGUUCCUUCCGCACUCUUGGGACCGGGAAACGAAAGUGAUUCAAAUGCUACUCUACAAACCGGGCUGGAACCAGGCUCGACCCCCGGUGUGAAUGUCAUUGUCGGUCAAAAGGAAGAUAGUUCUUCCGAGCUUGUCAACUUCUCGUCCUCGGUCACCGGUCACCCGUUGUCACCUCCGCCGGUACAGCUCUCCCGCGAAGACUUGCUCUCCUUUGGUGACGACGAGACAAUUCGUGCCUCAGGUCGCUCUCCUAUCAAGAAGACAUUUGCCUCGUACGACGAAGUUUCCUUGGCCAACGAAUUCGGCGAGUUUUUCGGAUCCAAUUCUGACUCUUUCGAGGACGAGAAAACGUCGGUCCACGUGCUUGCGGUUGGCGAAGAUUCAUCAGACGUUGGAUCCGACGGCGAGAGCACGUUUUCAUUCCACGCGUCGGAUGACGGAACCAACUUUGAAGAUUCCUUGUCCGACGGACAGUCAGGAGCUCACGUUAACCAAGAGACCGACCUCGACAAUGAUUCUGUAGACGAUGAAAUGGAGGAUUUAGACGUCCCACCUCCACGUCCACCCUCACGACUUUCACUUCUAGACGAAGAAAUCGAAGACGAGCCUCCGUCGUCCGACUUCGUGUUAACUGUACCACCUACGGAAGACAACAACGACGCCGUGGACGAACAGCAGGAUGAAGAAGACGAGGCGGCGGAUCGCGCGAUCCAACGCGCACUUUCCGCCCGACGUGCUCGGUUCUUCCACACUGAGUCGCGCACCGCAGUCGCCGACAUGCGUUAUGUAUUGUUCUCGUCUCGCUAUAUGUCCGACGGUGGCAACCCGCAAUUCGUCGAUGAAGAAGAGGAAGAAAACAGCAACUGCCAAAAAGGAGGUGCAUGCUUGCGACGCGCACCGGUCCCUUGCGCUCGCGCUUCCGAGAUCUGGACAGAUAAUCGAGGCCGGAGCGCCGUCGUCCGUCGUCCUUUGGUGGCGAUCGGUGCUCGCACACGUUAAGGGUAGUGGUUAACUAGUAACAGGUGGUUCGCGAAGGUCGAAACGUACCCAUGACGCUUCCUAAAAAUAAUCCACGAAAAGUAUGAAGAAC